GGGAGAGGGACACGGGGGCGGGCUCGGCCCGCGCAAGUUCCUGCUUCUUUGGAACAAAGAAAACUCUUGUCUCCCGGCGUCCGUCAGUCCAUCCGUCCCUCUUGGGCUCGGGGCUAGCGGCCCCCUCCCCUCCCGGAGCAGGCACACCCCCCCCCGCAGCUUCCCCGAGCCCCCCCAGGACCUGCCUGGACAAGGGACCGCGCAACCUUCCGCUGGGGGUCCGGGGCGGCCAACAUGGAGCCCAUUCCCUGGGAGGGUAGGCUCGUUUAAAGACCAGACCCUGUCCCCCGAACCCCUACCUCGGGAUUCGGGGAGGGGGUCUAAACACGCCGGCUUAAAGCCCCGGGUAGGGGGGGUGGAAAAGAAACUUUUUUCUGCCAUUGGACACGUUUGACCCCUGUAAGAACGCUGGACAGCCCAAGCAUGUCAGAUAGUGACCUGGGUGAGGAAGAAGGGCUGACCUCCCUGGACCUAACCCAGGCAGGCAAGAGGAAGAGGAGGGGGAACCUUCCAAAGGAGUCUGUCAAGAUUCUCCGGGACUGGCUAUAUGAACACCGCUUCAAUGCCUAUCCCUCAGAACAGGAAAAGCUGAGCCUUUCUGGGCAGACAAGUCUGUCGGUGCUGCAGAUUUGCAACUGGUUCAUCAAUGCACGGCGGCGCCUUCUCCCAGAUAUGCUGAGAAAGGAUGGCAAGGACCCCAACCGUUACACCAUUUCCCGCCGUGGUGGCAAAGCAUCUGAUGUGGCCAUGCCGCAGGGUUCAAGUCCCAGCAUGAUGGCACCAGGGUCCGCUCCGGCCCCCUCUAAAAUGUUGUCAUUGUCUGUAUGUUCAUCUGCACUCUCUUCCUCUUCAUCCCCAGUUGGGGCUCAUCUCUCUGGCCCUGGAGCUGAGAAUGAAAGUCCACCCCCUCCUUUGGGUAGUGGGGAGCCACAGCCCCUCCCAGGCACUGGCAGCACACUCACCCUGCUGGCCAGGGCACAGGCUGGAAGCCCAACCAGUGGACUCUUUAAUACACCACCCCCUACGCCCCCAGAGCACUAUGGAGAGGACUUUAGCAGCUUUCAAUUGCUGGUGGAAGUGGCCCUACAGAGAGCAGCUGAGCUUGAAUCACAGAAAAAAGAUCUGUUUUCUCCUUCAUGGCAUGCUGAGCUCCCUUUAGUAGCCACUAACCCUAAGUAGUCCUUGAAAAGGCCUUCAGAACUUGGUAGGAGACAGCUAGCUGCUCCUUUUCUGUGUUGUUUUUUUAUUACUGUUGUUCAUUGUUUGGGGUCUUUCCUUUUACCUUAGGGGUCUCCACCACCUGUUGGGAUUGCCCUCUCCCAGUGGGAACACUUGAGUGUUUCACAUUGUGACCCAGAAUCUCCUCCAUCUCCCCUGCUU